AUUUUCAGUUAAAUUUCAGAAUUCAUAAACUGCGGUCGCGUAAGCUGAAGACGCGUUUGCAUCGAUCUAUAUAUAUGUAUAUAUAAUUAAUGCAUAUAUUUUAAAUAUUGUGUAGUUCUCUAUAUAUACGAUAAACAGUGUAUAAAAGUUUUUAUCAACUAAAACUAAUAUAAAUACCUAUAUAUAUAGAAAAUACAGUAUAUCACAAUGAAUCGCAGUUUUCCCUUAACUUUGUACGGCGCCUUUUUUCUGCUGCUCGUCGCGCCAGCGUGUCUUGGAGAUCUGAUGUGCUAUGUUUGCGAUAAUUGUGAGAAUGUGGACAAGAAUACGCCUCUAUUGGCCUGCAAUGAGGAAUUCUUCAAUCAUCAAGGCAGUACCGAAGACCCCAGACCGACAACCGAAAUGGAGACGUCCAUAGAUACGCGAAGUACCGCAACAGAAUCUGAAUCGACACCGGCUUCCACCAGCGAGCCGGAGACCAGCACCACUACUGUAGAAACCACUACCGAACCAGGCACUACCGAGACGACCGCCCGCACAGAUCUGCCCAUCCCAACGCCUGCUACAGUGGGCCCGCCAGAGACUACCACCGGUGUGCCUACACCCCCAGAAGAGACUGGAUUGAAUAGGCUGGAGAUAUCGACUCAAUUUUCGGACGCUACUGACUCAGAAAACUCCACAGAUCUGUACAUCCGCCAGCGCAGAGCUCUGAUUGAUACAGACAUUAGCUAUCACUGCUACAAGGUGCAGAAGACAGUCAACAAUGUGAAGCAAGUGAAUCGCGGUUGCUCACGUGUCAAGCCAGAGCAAUCGGUUUGCCAGGAGCUUCAGCUGCAAAACGUCGGCGUUCAGUUGUCGCAUUGUGAUCCGUGCACCAUGAAUGCCUGCAAUGCAGCAACAUCCACGGUGCAUGCCUCCAUCCUGGCGACAGUGGCUGUGGCACUAACGGCAGUUGUGCUACAACUUCAAUAAAUAUUGAAUACUGUGACAAAUGUUCUUCGCCGCCAUGAAAUCUUACACGCCCCCAACCGCCCCUCCAUUGUUGUCCAACUCUCACUCCAACCCGGUGUUAUUUAGUACAUAUUGUUACUCUCUUUAAGGUACACGCAAAUACACACACGAACCCACAUACACACACACACACACACACAAACACUCUCAUUGUUAAGUCAUGCGAAAACUUUAUGUAAUUUGUAAGCGAUACAAAAACAAAACAAACACACACGAAUAUCGAAAUAUACAUAUAUUAUACAUACGCCUCUAUAUAUAUAAUUCUAAAUGAACUAAAGCUAACCAAAUGUGAAGCAUAAGACAAUUUUAAUUGAUAUGUAAUAAACUAUUUAUGUAUUAAAGAUUUUUCAAAUUUUCUCUCCAAAAUUGAUUGAGAAAUCUCAA